GUCCGCCUGGCCAUGACCAAAAACCUUGCCCCUCGACAGCCUGUGUGGUGAAGGGGGGGUAAACUGUCCAGUUGAUGUAGCUCCGUGGUUAGAGCACCGGUUGGAAAUGCGCAUUGUGGUAUGAGGUUGCGGGUUCAAAACUCCGCUGCCUUGCGCGUGGACACCGGCAGGGCGCGCGACAGAGGCCGCGGCGCACGGAACUUGGGCGUGGCGUUUCGUGGAGGCCCGAGGCAAGGGAAUAAGGGUGGGAAACACGACAGGACUGGGGCAAGGACCGGGAGCAGCGGGAGGAGCAGGAGGAGUGUGGAACGGCGGUCCGUCAGUUGUUUGGCAGAGGAGCGGGAGCACCGGGAGGAGGAGCGGGAGGAGGAGGAGGAGAGGGAGGAGGAGGAGGAGAGGGAGGAGGAGAGGGAGUUGUCUGGCGGAGGAGGAGGAGGAGCGGGAGCCACGGGAGAAGGAGCGGGGGGGCUCGUCCGGCACGUACGAUCUUUGUCACGUUGUUUGGCGGAAGAGGAGCGGGAGGAGGAGCGGGAGAAGCGAGAGGAGCGGGAGGAGGAGCAUGCAACGGCGGUCCAUCGGUUGUUUGGCGGAGGAGGAGCAGGGGAAGGAGGGGAAGCCUUUUUUUCUUUCUUUUUUUUUGUAGGAGAUGGCUAUGGAGGGAUCUUUGUCACGUUGUUUGGCGGAGGAGCGGGAGAAGGGGGGGGAGCAGCGGGAGAAAGAGCGGGAGGAGGAGGUGCGGCAGGAGGAGCGGGAGGAGGAGGUGCGGCAGGAGCGCCAGGAGGAGUGGGAGGAGGGGCGGGAGAAGGAGCACGAGGGGAAACAGGAAGGGGCGGAGGAGGUGCGGGAGGAGGGGCGGGAGAAGGAGCGGGAGGAGGAGCGGAAGGGAAAACGGGGAGGGGGUUAACGAACGCGAGGAGGAGCGGGAGGAGCGGGAGAAGGAGGAGGAGGGGAAACGGGAAGGGGCGGAGGAGGCAUGGGGGGAGCAGCCUGAGAAGGAGAGGGAGCACGAGUGGGAGGAGCGCAAGGAGCCGCAUACAUGCGGAGGCGGAUCAACGCGCGGCAGGAGGAGGAGCGGGAGCAGCGGAAGGAGGAGCUGGAGAACGAGCGGGAGGGGGAGGAGGAGUGGGAGGAGGAGCGGGAGAAGGAGCAGGACGGAGAACGGGAAGGGGCGGAGGAGGCGCAGGAGGAGGAGCAGGAGAAGGAGCAGGAGCCUUUUUUCUUUUUUUUUCAUGGGAGAUGGCUAUGGCGGGAUCUUUGUCACGUUGUUUGGCGGAGGAGGAGCGGGAAAAGGAGUGGGAGCAGCGGGAGGAGUGGGAGGAGGCGAGGGAGGAGGAGCAGGAGGAGCGGCAGGAGGAGCGGUGGGAGAAGCGGCAGGAGGGGCUGGAGAAGGAGCGUCAGGAGAAACGGGAACGGGCGGAGAAGGCGCGGGAGAAGGAGCGGGCAUUCUGUUGCUGUCUCUCGAGAGGAAGGGUGACGGUGCAGUGUCUGUCGCCGUUACGUGAUAGAUCCCCCGCUGUCCCUGUCAUCCACGUGCUUUUCAUGGCCGACCUGUUUCGGAGGCUGCCGCUGCUGCUGCUGGUCGUCCUAUUGCUCCUCCUCCUGGUUGUCUUCCACGUGUGCAUCCUCGGCGGCCUUCCGCGACGUGGUCGCAGAAGGAGGUGUGUGAAGAACAACGACAGAAUGGAGGGCCGGAAGGCGAUCAGCGGGUCCGCAGGGGAGCGCGGUGGGCGGUGGUCCGAGCACAGCCCGUCGAAUAGUCGAAGGCCGUCGGAGCGGUCCGGGCACGCGCACCUGCCACCGCACUUGCAACCUCUGCCUGACACGGACGACGAGGAAGGGGACGAUAGACGGUCACGGACCGUGCCGCUGGGAAGCGGAUCCACCCAGGAGUGGGCGGCUACAGAGCUGUUUGGAAGCCGCAACGGUGGUAAAGGGCAGUCGUACACCGAGCUCCUCCAGCAGGGGCUAAGCGACACCGAUGGCGAUGGCGGCGUGAAUCUGUCGUUUGGACUCGGCAGCGGGAGGUCGGCAGCCGUCUCUCGAACGGUCGUCGUAAACCCCCAUCCCGACGACGAUGGCGGCGACGUGACGGCUGUUCAGCGAUCACCCAGGUCUCCAGCGCCGCUGCGGGAGGCUUCGGGGAACAACAAGGAUCCUCCUAGGCAGCAAUUUCGGUCGCCGUCUGUGUGUGGGGGUGCCUCUGCUCGCCCCCAGUGGAUGCAGUCUCCGUCUCCCCUGUCCGCCGGUUCGAGUGCAGGUCGUCGUCUUGGGGAGUGUAGGGAGACGGUGUCGGUGCGAAUACCCUUACAGGGUGCUACCGUCGUGCUGGCUAUGUCGCCGCCCUAUGCAGGUGCCGCGUGGAGCCCAGCUAUGGCGCCAGGUGAGUCCGCUGCUGCAGGGGUCAAAGGUUUCAUGACCUAACGCAUCAAAAACUGGGGAUGCGGCAGAUUGUCGAGGGUUCAGCCUCCUGAUGAGUCGGUGCAAUUCCGACGAA